GUAACCCUGUUUGGCACUAGGCAAUGAUAGUCACCUUACUGGGUCGGUCCAAUGUAGGCAAGUCGUCCCUUUUUAACGCCCUUGCGGGCAGUAACGUGUCAGUGCCAAAGUUUAUGAAGUCUGUAGUGUCUAGUAAUCCUGGUACCACGAGAGAUGCAAAGUAUGGCCAAAUUUUCAUUAAGGGUAAGAGAAUCACUUUGGUGGACACUGGUGGGAUAGAAUCUGCUGUAAUGCCCCCUGGUUUAGGCUCAAGUAGUUGUAGUAAUCGCUUCAGUAUCUUGGAACAUGCGUUAAAAACCGCUGGUAGAUCAGAUUUGGUACUGUUUGUUGUAGAUGGUCAAGAAGGUAUUACUCCUCUAGACAUGACUAUUGCGAGCAAUUUGAAAGAUCAAUGUUCCAGUACAUCUAGUGUUUUGAAAUUGGUUGUCAAUAAGCUUGAUAGUGAAGGUUCGGAAGAGUAUUACGAGGCAGUGAGCAAAUGUAUAUCGGACUGUUAUUCACUUGGUCUGGGUGAUCCGAUUUUUGUCAGCACUCAUGACCGUCAUGGUGCUCAACGCCUGCGUAGCAUUAUAUCUAAAAGCUUGAAUAUAUCCUCGGGUGAUGUUAUAUCUCGAUUAGAGCGUUUGGCACUUACAGAAUCUAUUCCCAAGGUAAAUACUCGCCUUGGACAAGAAUGUGACACUAUCCAAGACCCUGAUGAAAUAGAAAUUGAUCAAUCAUUGAGAGUGUGCUCUAGCUUCAAAAUCGGGUUCACUCCAAAUGAUAGGUGGCUUAGGCACUUAUUUAACGUCUGCGAUUCAAUCCCCUUUGCAAGAGACACUGAUGGCAAGUAUAUAGUACCUUCACCCCUUUCUCCUGGUGAGAUUGCGGCUAAAAUGUAUAUUCCCAAGGAGGUGGACGCUGAAGAUGAGGCUGAAACUGAUUCUGCCGAGCCAGAUAUACCACUAAAGACCAAAUUCAGCAUUGAUACUAAACCGAUCCGGCCGUUACGAGUGGUAUUGCUCGGCAGUGUCGGAGGGUGCCAAUCUAGGUUAGCGGCAUUACUAGCUGGCUCUGGAUUAGAUGUGGGUAUAGAGGAUAAAACGCACGACACUCUUUCACCCAAUUGGCAUCAAUUUACUAGCGAGUGGCAACGCCACGGUGCUACUGGUACUACAAUACAGCCUAUGGAAAUCUACAUUGCUGCUGCUCUGAACCUUGGAGGCAGCCUUGGUAGGGUAUCGUCAGCUCAAACCAUGGCUUUGUUGCGAAGGUCUGACAUUGCUAUCAUGUGCAUAGGUGACUGUGAUGAAACAAAUACUUGGAGGGUCGUCCCUACCAAAAAAGAGACUGCAUGGUUGACUCGUAUCAUCAGACUGCAUAAACCGUCGUUGGUGGUAACACCGGUAUCUCAGCAUCCAAAUAGAAAGAUGGUUCUGGACAUGGUAUCGAAGAGUCACGAAUUUGAGUCUAUACGUAUACACCCACUACAGAUAGUGGAAACUACUUCCGAUACGCCACCGCCUGCCGUCAACUUGAAUCGGACUGUAAAAAGGAUCCAAAGGGAUGUUAUAUCACUAGCUGAUAGUACUGAGCGUGUUCUCGAGACUAGUGUUUUAAACAAUUGGCUGCGCAGCUUUUUGGCUAAGUGGCCACCACCUUGGCAUGAAGGUUCCAAGGUCAAUGUUAAAUUUGCUGCACAGUGCGCCACUUGUCCCCCUACCUUCGUUGUAUGGUCCAACGUCUGUGCUUCAUUUCCUCAGCACUACUUGCGUCAGAUGAAACGCGCAAUGUCCGAGGAAUUUGGGUUUCAGGGUAUCCCUCUGAAGUUCAUCCUUAGGACCACUGCGCAGCCCAAGUCAACCAAUCGCAGGAGCAACCUGUCGUGGCGGCGUAAGCUGCAUAGGGCAUGAUCUGGAUAACGUGCACUAUAUAUGCUAAACAUCGCAUUAUGUACAGGCAUAGUC